AUCAUUUAGAUUCCUACUGCUGGCUCAUUCCCACAUUUCGCGAGCCGCUUCAUUGACCCGGCUGUCGGAUUCUCCUUGGCUAUAAGCUAUGGUUAUUGCUACACUAUAUCCAUCGCCGCCGAAUGCUCGGCAUCCGCAAUCCUGGUCGGCUACUGGACUGACAUGUCACCUGCUAUUGUCAUUACCAUCAGUCUUGUCCUCAUUCUCGCAAUCAACCUGCUUAGCGUGCGUUGGUUUGGUGAAUCGGAAGUCGCUGCAGGUACGAUCAAGAUCGCGUGCUUCCUGGGUCUGAUCCUGGUUUCUAUUGUCAUAACGUCCGGAGGCGCACCAAACGGCGAGACCAUUGGAUUCCGCUACUGGAACAACCCCGGAGCCUGGGUAGAUUACAAUGGCAUCACUGGACCAACGGGUCACUUUCUGGGAUUCUUGGCAUCGUUCGUCAACGCGGCGUUCUCCUUCAUCGGCGUCGAGGUGGUGGUUAUUACAGCUGCCGAGAGCAUCAACCCUCACGUUGCCAUCCCAAAGUCGGCCAAACGGGUUACAUUCCGAAUCGCACUGUUCUAUGUUCUGGGUGCUCUUCUUAUUGGAAUCAUUGUCGACCCUAGGAAUCCCGGUCUCGUGUCAGACAGUGGAAAUGCCAACUCUUCACCUUGGGUCAUCGCCAUCAAGCAGGCAGGCAUCAGCACCCUCCCUUCGAUUGUGAACGCCUGCAUUCUCAUAUCUGCCUGGUCGGCAGGUAACUCUUACUGUUGGGUCGGAUCCCGUAUCAUCGUCGCGAUGACCACGGACCGCCAGCUCCCACAAUUCUUCGGCCGUACCUGGAGUAACGGCGUACCGUACUGGGCGGUCCUCGCUUCUUGGGCUUUUGGACCUCUCGCAUAUCUCAGUCUGGGUUCUGGUGGUGCUGCACAAGCGUUCGGCUGGCUAGUCAGUCUUAGCACUGUUGCGGGAUUGAUUGCCUGGGCGACAUUGUGUUUCUGCUUCAUCCGCUUCUAUGCUGCCAUGAAAGCGCAGGGACACAGUCGAGACAGCUUGCCUUGGAAGAGCCCGUUCCAGCCUUUUACCGCAUGGUAUGGGUUCAUUGGGUCCACUAUCAUUACUUUGAUUACAGGAUUCCCUGUGUUUUUGAAGGGAAACUGGAAUACGGGUGAUUUCAUCGCCUCGUACAUUGGCAUACCACUUUUUAUAGUGCCAAUCAUUGUCUGGAAGCUGUGGCAUAAGACACAAUUUGCGCGUGCCAAAACCAUCGAUCUACACUCCGGACGUCUUCGGUGAUAGUAGACCGUAUAAUUUCAAGUGGUUCAAGGCCAUGUGUUUGUAUUUAGCAGCGAGCAAUAGCAUGUCUUCGCGGUGAUCAUUGGUCCACAGCGGAGGGGAAAUCUGUAUGAUUCAAUUCCUUCAAAUGAUAUUGCAGAGCAACAUUUGAUCUGUGGUACAACUGC